CAUAGCGCCACCACUGGCUAUUACGAGUUAUGGCCCUUCUAUGUCCCUCCAACUGACCAAUCAGUUUCCCCCUACCUCUCAGAAGAAGAAGAAGAAGUUUAUUCAUGAAUGAAGGCCACAUGGCCCAGAGUUCAUUUACAGGAAUAAUAUAUACUAUGCCCAGGCACAAAUUCUCUUACAACAAAUGUUCAUCUUUUUUUACAUUUGUAUUUACAUAGGUAAAUGUCUUUUUAAAUAUAUGGACAGGUUUUUAAUAACACAAUCAUUUCUGGUAGAUAGAAGACAUCAAUUUUGGGACAGAUGGUUGUACAUGGUAACAUUUUGGAAUUAAAUUUUCUCUACUGCUUUUAUAAAAAAAUGAAAAAUUAACAAAAAAAUGGUAUUUAUUUUCUAUUUCAUAACGGUUACAUUUCGUACAUAAACUAAACGAUGACUCUGUGGUUGUAUUUAAUUGAGUUUUCUGUACAUUUAGAUUAUGGCUUAAACAACAGAACUUACAUAAAGUUCUAAGAAGAUCUCUUUCACAUGCUAAAGUAGACAGAUUUUUUCUGGUUCGAGUAGUGAUUUAUAAGAUGAAUAAACAUCAAGGAAAGAAGAAUUGGUGAAUUUGUAAUGCCAGUUUUGAAAUUCUAUAUCUUUAAAUCAUUUGAAUAUAACCAUGAAGCCGCAGUACUGAUACAACCACACCCAGUUUGAAACAAUAAUUGUCUUAUAUAAGAAACCCAGUAAGUUUGACCAUUUUCGUCAAAUGCUUCUAACAUAUGGUAACAGGCAAACGGAUAUCUUGUUUCAUGUAAUCUAAGUAGUUGACACCAGUACUUAACACAACGACUGUAAUAGUGUGCACACAGUGAUGUUCUUCCCAGCUCUUCUAGAAUUGCAUUUGUUGAUGUUCUUUUUCCAACGGAAAGGACACUUUUAAAAAAAUUACUCUGAACCAUUUCAAUGCUUUUUCUAUAGGCACAUCCCCAAAUGUCUGAGCCAUAUAAAAGAACAGGAGCAAUCUUUGAAUCAAAUAUUUUAGCAGCAGUAGAAAAUGGGAGAGAUGGGAAUUUCUUUAUCAUAUUUAACACAGGAAAAGUCGCUUUCCUUGCUUGAAUAGCUACCUCUCAUAUCACUCAUAUCUCAUAUCACUCAUAUCAUUUGCUUCAAACAAUAUGGCAGCGCAUAGUCAAGAUGAUCUAAUCGAUAAUCAAGAUCUAUAUUAAAAUAAAAUGGGUCUUGCCUCGCGAAGUGCAUCAGAUCUUUUGAGCACCAUGAUUAGAAACAUGAAAAGAUUUGGAAAAUAUCUGUCAACAUCCAGUUGACGGUACACAUGUUUUGGAAAUCCUGCAGUCGAACAACUUCUGCUCUUUGAAUCCAUGUUGUUUACGAACCUAGUUUCUUAUGCGAUUUUGAUUGGACUAUGCCAAGACUUGUUAGUCUAGCCACAAUGUAACUCCAGAAUUCCAGCCUAGUUAUACAAGGGUUGAAACUGGGCUUUUAUAGUCAGUAAACUCCCUUGUUUCGGGAAGAUGACUUUCCUCAUUGCUGCCCGAAGAUCAGAAGACACUAUUUAUUCCCUGUUAUCACAUUUUCUGUUACAGUAAAUCUAUUUAUAGCUUCCUAUUCUAUUAUGUUGUCUGUUUUUAACUGAUCGUUCACCUGUAAUUACCUUUAAUUAAAGAAUGGUAGAAAUUAAGAUAUCUAUUCAUUAAGUUUCAAAUACUCCACAAUCUUGGCAUUGCAGUGAUAAGUAGCUUGUUGGUAUUGCCACAAACAUAAAUAUACCAGAACUGUUGAAAAAAAGGAAUAAUUUUCUUUAACAAGUCUCUGGGAACUUCAUGUACUGGCAUUCACUGGCUGUGGGAACUUGAUGUACCAAGGGAAAUAACUCUGGUUGGCUUGUGUUGAAAGAGUAAGAGGUGUUUGUGCUGUUUCUGGUUAAAGGUUCUAUUACACUAAAUCAGCAUCAGUUGUGCCAGAGCCUUUCAUAGAUGUAAAUGUUGAACAUGUCACAUGUCAUUACUUACUGGGAUUUCUUUUAAGUUUUAGCUUUCAGUAUUUUGUUAUGGCUUUUGCUAAUCUCAUCAUCUAUUUUUCCUUUUGCAGUGACAGCGCACCCAAGCCCUAGUCGAAGUUCUGUAUUGACUUUGCCGGACUCUCGCCGUUGACGCGAUGAACAGCACUGUGUGCUCUACCAUGGAAGUUUCGAGAGCUCUCUGCAUGCCUGGACGGGAUGGUGGAGGUAUAUCUGUACUCAUGCAAUGGACCCGGAAACUCUCACGUCCAGUUGGACAUUUUGAGAGGCCUAUCUGUAGUCCGGUAUUGGCAGUGGAAGAUAGACGUCCCCUUCUCACCUCACCACCCUCUACCUCCUUGUACAGUUUACAGUACUUCAACAGGGAAGUCUCAUCCUCCUUAGGGGUGUUUUUCUUCCUUGGCCUUACAGACCGUACAGCUCACUUAACAUCACUAGGACAUUGCUGGGACAUUGCUACGCAUUGCUUGGACAUCGCUUUGACAUUGCUGGGACAUUGUUGGAACAUUGCUGGGACAUUGCUGAGACAUUGCUGAGCAUUGCUUGGACAUUGCUUGGACAUUGUUGGAACAUUGCUGGGACAUUGUUGGAACAUUGCUGGGACAUCACUAGGACAGUGCUAGAACAUUGCUGGGACAUUGUUGGAACAUUGCUGAGACAUCGCUGGGACAUUGUUGGAACAUUGCUGGGACAUUGCUGGGACAUCGCUGGGACAUUGCUGGGACAUUUCUCGGACAUUGCUGGGACAUCGCUGGGACAUUACUCGGACAUUGCUGGGACAUUGCUGGGAUAUCGCUGGGACAUUGUUGGGACAUUGCUGGGACAUUGCUGGGAUAUCGCUGGGACAUUGCUGGGACAUUGCUGGGAUAUCGCUGGGACAUUGUUGGGACAUUACUCGGACAGUGCUGGGACAUUGCUGGGAUAUCGCUGGGACAUUGUUGGGACAUUACUCGGACAGUGCUGGGACAUUGCUGGGAUAUCGCUGGGACAUUGCUGGGACAUUGCUGGGACAUACUUAGCUGAACAUGGAGGGGAUCAUCUGGGGCUUUUAAAUAUGGCAUUGAAAUCAACCCAUAAAUCAACCCAUUCAUGGAUUAAUAAAAAUAAAUUGUCCAUUUAAAAUUUAAA